UUAAAUAUUUAGUGCGGAAAUAAUUUAUCUUGUUAAAGAGACAACAAUUGUUCAGCCCUAUUACUAUAUAUAUAUAUAUCUCCCCCCCUCGGUCUUUGUGCAAUAGAAAAUGGCCCAACCACAAAUGCUGCAAGUCAAAUUGUCACGUUUUGAUGCCCAACCCUGGGGCUUUCGCCUGCAGGGCGGUGUGGACUUUGCUCAGCCGCUGUUAGUGCAAAAGGUGAAUGCGGGCAGUUUGUCGGAGCAGGCUGGUCUGCAGCCUGGCGAUGCAGUCAUCAAGAUUAACGACGUUGAUGUCUUCAGUAUGCGUCACAAGGAUGCGCAGGACAUUGUGGUGCGCUCUGGCAAUAAUUUUGUCAUCACAGUGCAGCGCGGUGGCUCCACCUGGCGCCCACACGUGACGCCCACGGGCAAUGUGCCACAGGCAAACUCACCCUAUUUGCAGACAGUGACGAAAACUUCUCUGGCUCACCAUCAACAGGAUAGCCAGCACAUUGGCUGUGGCUACAACAACUCGGCUCGUCCAUUUGGCACCGACGGCGGCGACGGCGUGAAGAGCAUCGUCAAUAAACAAUACAAUACCCCGGUUGGCAUUUAUAGCGAUGAAUCUAUUGCGGAAACACUUUCCGCUCAAGCGGAGGUUCUGGCUGGCGGUGUGCUCGGCGUGAACUUUAAGAAAAACGAAAAGGAAUACCAGGCUGACCGCUCGGAGGUGCUGAAGUUCCUGCGCGAGGAGGAGACUGGACAAUCGACCCCAGCAUUUGGUCAAAACAACAACAACAACGGCCACUACGAGCAUGAUGCACCACAACAACAACAUCAUCAUCAGCAUCAACACCAACAUCAACACCAACAACACCAACAUCAACAACAACAACAACAACAAGUCUAUCAAUCGAACGGCGCCACUCGCCAUGUUAGCGCGCCUGUGAAUACACCAAAGCCUCCAAGCACCGGCGGAUUGCCAACUGGCCAAAACAUUUGCACCGAAUGCGAGCGCCUCAUUACCGGCGUCUUUGUGCGCAUCAAGGACAAGAACUUGCACGUCGAGUGCUUCAAGUGCGCCACCUGUGGCACCUCCCUGAAGAACCAGGGCUACUACAACUUCAACAACAAACUCUACUGCGACAUCCAUGCCAAGCAGGCUGCCCAGAGCCACCCACCACCCGGCACCGAGGGCUAUGUGCCAGUGCCAAUUAAGCCGAAUACUAAGUUGAGUGCUAAUACCAUUUCAUCGGCCUUGAGCUCGCAUGGUUAUGGCAAUAAUGGUUAUGCCAAUGGCAAUUCUACGCCCACACCGGCGCCGUCCGAGCUCAGCUCGGAGCUGCCUUUGCCGCCGCCGCCGUCGCCCACACAGCUGCAGCUGCUGCAAUAUGAAACUGAGGAGGCGCCACCAACACAACAAACAACACAGCAGCAACCACAACAACAACAACACACACGCACCAACAGCAGCUUGAGCUCCAUUUCAAGCGGCUCAAGCUCUGGCGUUGGCAGCGGCAGCGCCGCUUUGAGUCCCAACAGUUUGGUAGCCUCAAGUGCCUCCAACUUGUCGCUGGAUUUGGAGUCAACACGCUCGCCAGCGCAUUCGCGUCAAGCCUCUGGCUCGUGUAAUUCACUGGACGCAAUGCCGACGACGCCGCCGCUGCCGCCGCCGCCAGCGCCAGCAGCACAAAAUGAGAACGACAUGAAUACGCAAAAUAAAAACCACAAUGCGUACAAUCAGCUGCUCAAGCAGUAUUCCAAUAAGCUGCAGCAACAGCAACAGUCCAACACAAACAGACACAACAAUACGGCCAAGCCAUUUGCCACAGCCGCGCAGCAGCCACAUGUGGCAGCACUAACGGCUACACUUGCUAAUCAAUUGAAAUUUAAUUCACAUCAGGCAGCCAACGCAGCAGCAGCAGCAGCAGCAACAAACGAAGUUGAUAAUACGCCGCUUAACAUGGCGGAUGAGCAAUCAGCAGCAGCUAUUUAUGGCGAUGCCGCCGCCGCCGCCGCUGCUUGCGCCAUGCCGUGCAUGCAGACAAGCUCAAUGAGCGCUGGUCAGGAUCAGCCCUUUGAGUAUGUCACCUUGACCGGAAAUGUCAUACGCAGUGUGCAGCCGCCGGGUAAGGGCGCCAAUGCCAGCUACAAGGUGAACCAGGGCUAUGUGCGUCCAUUUGGCGCACAAUCUGCGCCCAAGUCGCCGGUGCCAAUGGCGUCGUAUCCGCCGCAGCAGCAGCAGCAGCAGUCGCCACGUGCAGCUGCUGGCGCCAAUGCCUAUGCCACCUUGCCACGCAGCAAUGUUGGCCAACAAGGUAAGACAGCUGAUGCUUGCUUGGAGCCGCAAUACGAGGAGGAGUGCUAUGAGGAGGACUUGGAAGCGGCCAUGGCUGCCAGUCAUCGUCCACAUGGCAGCAGCUUCUGCUGGCCGCCGCCGCAGGACGACAGCCAUGCGGCGCCCACUGCUGCGCCACUGUACAUUGCACCGCCGGAGACGCAGCAUGUGGUGGUGGCCAAUCCAGUGCAGCAGGUGCCGCCGUUGCCGCCGGGCAGCGCUAGCUCCAGGCUAGAUCCGCAGCCGGAGCAACGACAGCAGCAGCAGCCGCCGCCGCAGCCGCCUCAAUGGCAAAGCUAUUCAGCGCCACAGCUGAGCAACGCGCCGCCGCCAGUGGAGCCCGAGUCCAGCUCGGAUAGCUACACCUCCACCUCGACCACCACCACCACCACCUCGGAGGAAUAUCAACGCAUGUACGCGGCUCAGCUGCAGGCCUAUCAAAUGCAGCAGGCCUAUGAGCAGUCCGGCUCGGAGCUGGACUACCAGGUGGACUAUGCCAGCUCGCAGGAUGUGCAGGAGUACGCCUCGGGCAGACGCAGCGCGCAGGAGUGCGUCGACUCGCUCUCGGCGCCAUUGAGCACCUACAAGCUCAUCGAUAUGGUAAGAGAAGUGACUCCCAGUCCCGUGCCCCCCACCGUUGCAGCUGCUCCAGCGCAGCCAGCGCGCCAUGUGGUGUUCAAUGAUGAGCCCGAGAUCAAGGAGCUGCCGCAGCAGCAGCCGCCACACAGCGAACUGGAAACCAUACCCGAGUCAUUUGCUGAGCAAGAUCCAGAGGCUUUGAUCAUUGAGCAGCGUUGCCAGAUUUUGGAAAGCGAGCGCAUGUUUCAGCCCACGCCAGAGAUUAAUCUCGAAAUUGCGCCAGUGCGGCCACGUCCUGCACCCUCUAAGAUACCCAAUCCCUCGCCCAAGGAGUGGAUCAAUCCAAUGGUCGCAGUGUUCACCACAGCGCCCGAGGUGCCCUUCCAUCUGGUCGAGUGUCCUUUUCCCAAGCCCUGCGAUGAUAAUUUUGAAGCCGAAGCCGAAGCGGCAGCUCAAGCUCAAGCCAAAGCCGCUGCCACGCCUCGUCAAUCUUUGAAGCCGCAAGAGGCUGCUCCAACACCCGCUCCAGCUCCCAUUGCCAACUAUGCCACUGAGCUGCUGCGCGAGUCGCCGCCACGUGGCACGCGAAUGAGCUUGGCCAUGUCCAUUGCACCCGAAUUUCCCAUGAGCUUUGUCCCGCCCGCUAACGAGGGCAUACCGCUGCCCGAGGAGACUGUGCCCUAUAUGCCACCACCCAUGGAUAUGAAACCCUAUCUACGCGAAGAUUACCGCCCCAAGUCGCCCUUUGUGAGCGCCCUUACCACCGCCCCGGAGCGUCCCUUUGAGGGUCACUUCGAUCGCGAUGUGCCCAUACACAUUUGCGAUCUGCCCACGCCCACGGAGCAUCUCAGCAUGAUUGAUGCACUCUGCACCGCACCCGAUCGUGGCUACACGCCACUUAAUCCCGAGAAUGCCACACAGCGUGUGGAUGCGGAGCAGAAGCAAAAGGAACUCAAGAAAUAUGAAUUUCAGGUUUUGGAUCAUGAGGAGGAGCUGGGCAUCAAGCCGGAGCCGCCAGAGAGCGUGGAAUACUACAAGACGGACAACAAGCAGCGCAAGUCCUCCGCCUUUGCAGCCAUGCAAGCAUUCCAGCCCUCGCGUCAGCCGCUGAACUCCGCUCCGAACAGCGUCGCCCAAACGCCGCGUGCUUCAAUUGUCUCGCAGACGCAGCCCAUGGACGAUAUGGAGUAUCAGAAGUAUCAAAAGGGGCAUGUGCGCAACCAGAAGCGACUCGAUUACUAUCACAAAAAGGAAGAGGAACUGCAGCAACAAACUCAGACUCAGUCUCAGUCUCAAACUCAAACGCAGACACAAACCGCAGCACGUAGACAAUCCCAAAUGGAAACUCAACAGAUCCAAGCACAGACACAAACCGCAGCACGUAGACAAUCCGAAGCGCAAGCUCAAACUCAGCACAAAUCCCAAGCGCAAGCUCAACAGAUCCAAGCACGUAGACAAUCCCAAAUGGAAACUCAACAAACUGAAGAGCGCAGACAAUCUCAAGCACAAACUCAACAGAUCCAAGCACGUAGACAAUCCCAAAUGGAAACUCAACAGAGCCAAGCUCAGACACAAGCCCAAUCGAUCCAAGCACAGACACAAACCGCAGCGCAAACUCAACAGAUCCAAGCACAAACACAAACCGCAGCCAAGACACAAAACCUUAACAGCCAGACACAGUGUCGUCAGUUGGAAGAAAAGCAAUCCAAAGCGACUUAUUUGAGCGCGACUACUGCUACUGCCUCCUCUAACGCCUCUUCCACAGUCCAGUCCACUAGCUAUACCAGCCACGCCUCCUCUGUAAAUACCAGCAGCCUGAAAUGCGAUGCACACGAACUGAUCGAGGAAAUUGCCGAUGAGCUCGAGCACUCGGAGGUUCUCUUUCCGCCACCAUCCCCGCUUAGCCAUCUCAAGGGCAGCAAAGCCGUACAGUCCGGCCUCCACAAAGCGGACACUAUACCCAAGUACCAACGCAACUGGACCUCGCUGCCCACACAAUCACCCAUACGCACGCCCGAGCCACAAGAGUGGCGCGACAAUCUGCCCCUAGCCUUUGUGGGCGUGCCAGCGACAGCCCAAGCGCCUGCCCAAGCUGCUGGCGCCGCCCAACCAAAUGCGAACACUGUACAUAGACCCAUAGCCAAGUUGAAUGGCGCUCAGGUGUCGGCGCCGACGCAGGUGGUUGUGACGCCCGCGUCGGUGCCCAUCAUCAUUGAGGAUCGCUCGGGUCCAGUAACAAUGGCUUUUCAAUCGUUAGAUGCCUACGAGUGCGCCGACCAGGCACAGACGCCCGUGCGUCCAUACACGCCCUGCUCCUCGCUGACCAACAAGCCGGCGCCCAUCAUACCCUUCUACCAAACGGCCGAGAAGCUCUGCUUCGAGGAGUGCUCGGCGACGCAUGCGCGCGACUACAACCAAGGCGCCGCCUCGCCGUUCCCAGACCGCGCACGCUCGCCCGCACCCGGACCGCCACCCAAUCCGCUGGCGGCCAUACGCGCGCCACGCAUGAAGGAGCCCGAGACGGCGCUGCUCACUGCCAAUCGCCUGCAGACAGGCUCCAUAACCACCGGCCAGAGCUAUCAGGGACAGCUGCUGGCGCACUCGGAGCAGAGCUCGCAGUCGGCCAGCCAGAGUUAUACGCAGCAGCCAGAGCGUGUCAGCGAGCGCCAGCUGGGCAACAUGCACAUCCAGCAACGCGAGCAAUCCUCGCAGCUGCAGCAGCAGCAGCAGGCGCAGUCGCAGAGCCAGACCAAGACACAAGUGGGCAACAUGCAGAUCGAGCGUCGACGCAAAGUCACUGAGGAGUUUGAGCGCACGCAGAGCGCCAAGACGAUCGAGAUACGCAGCAGCAGCAGCUCGGCCAAGGCGUCGAUACAAAGCCAAAGCCAAAUUGCCGCUCAGCAGCAGCAGCAGAUGCAGCAGCAGCAAUCGGAGGCAUCAGAGCGUCGCUUGUCCUAUGGCAAGACAGGCUAUGUGGCCAAUCAGGCGCGUCGCUUGAGUGAGAUGGAGCAGGAGAUCAGCAGCCUGACCAGCCAGUCGCAGUCGAUAAGCGCACGCGCUUCGGGCCUAUCCGAAGGCGGCUGCUUUCCCAAUCUGCGCUCGCCCACGUUCGACAGCAAGUUUCCGCUGAAGCCCGCAUCGCCCAGCGUGGAGAUUGCCCAGACCAACAAGCUGCUGGGUCCGCCGCCAGGCUUCGUCCAGCAGCAGCAGCAGCAAAAGUCCGCCUUCUCCAAGGCGGGCGGCUACACGCAGCAGCUGCGCUCAGCGGGCGCCGCUUCAUCUUCAGUUGCAUCUUCAGUUACAUCAGCUACAUCUUCAUUUGCCACAGCCACAGCAACUAAAGCUUCUUCUGCUAUUACUACCACGACUAAUAAUCAAGCCUGUGCCGCCUAUCGGGGCAGCCAGGCCGCCAAGCUGCCGGCUUUCAAUAAUAAUGGCUCGCGUUCAAAUGCUUCUCUCGCAGCUACAGCGGCAAUUGCAGCAGCUGUCACGCCCACUGCGCCAGCGCCAGCGCCUGCAUCGUUUCCGCCCAACUUAGCCGAUUUGCAACUAGACUCUAAUGUUGAUGGUUCCACAGGUGCGGGCGGCAAGGGAGGCGCCUUUGGUGCCACCUCGGCGCCCAAGCGCGGACGCGGCAUUCUCAACAAGGCCGCCGGCCCAGGCGUGCGCAUCCCACUGUGCAACAGCUGCAAUGUGCAGAUCAGAGGUCCGUUCAUCACCGCUUUGGGUCGCAUCUGGUGUCCCGAUCACUUCAUUUGCGUAAACGGCAACUGCCGUCGUCCAUUGCAGGACAUUGGCUUUGUUGAGGAGAAGGGCGAUCUCUACUGCGAGUACUGCUUUGAGAAGUUUCUGGCGCCCACCUGCAGCAAGUGCGCUGGCAAAAUUAAGGGCGAUUGCUUGAAUGCCAUUGGUAAGCAUUUCCAUCCCGAGUGCUUCACCUGCGGCCAGUGCGGCAAAGUGUUUGGAAACACGCCCUUCUUCCUAGAGGAUGGCAACGCCUACUGCGAGGCCGAUUGGAACGAGCUCUUCACCACCAAAUGCUUUGCAUGCGGCUUCCCCGUCGAGGCUGGCGACCGCUGGGUCGAGGCGCUCAACCACAACUAUCAUAGUCAAUGCUUCAACUGCACUUACUGCAAACAAAACCUGGAGGGUCAAAGCUUUUACAACAAGGGCGGUCGUCCCUUCUGCAAGAAUCAUGCGCGUUAACUGAUCGUACAGUUCCAAUUAGGCCGCGACAUUUGACUUCAGGGAUCACGCACACGCACACCACCUACAACAGCAACAGCAACAGCAACCAGCAACUCUUAACUACAACUUUAAUUCAGCAAACAAUUAUUGCAGUUUUAAUUAUUAUUAUUUUUGUUUUUCAAUUCGUACGCAUACACACACAAAUGUUAUCCUAAUUUUAAAACGACACGAAAUCGAAUUAGCUAGCAAAACGCACACGCAUCCACAUCAAAGCAGAAUUAUCGACCGCAAAACAUAUAUUUAUAUUAUUUAAUGAUCAUACUAUAUAAUCGAACUAUUAUUAUCAUUAUUAUUAUUAUUAUUUUGUUCAAUUAAGCAAGCGACGUAUUACUGUUGAUCAAACAAUUAGCAAACCGCGCGAAGAGAUUUCAUUGAUUCAAUUCGGAAACGCCAGCCACGCGCUUGAUCAGCAGUUAAGAACAGAAAAAAAAACAAACAGCAAACGCUUUAAUCAAUCUUUGCGAUUUUCAAUCAUGCAGCUACAAAUUUAAUUUAAAUGUUACUUUUAAAUUAUAUGUUGUAAACUUAACCCACGAUAAACAUUUAUAAUUGAUUGUACAACUGCAGCAAAUCAGCAGACAAAUAAAUUUCGAAAUCUUUUUCGCGUUUAAAA